UACUGACACUCGAAAAAUAAAAGAAAAUUACAUUUCAAUUCAAUAUAAAAUGUAUAAAAGUUGAAUUAUCGCACGCAUUUAUGGAAAAAAAAUCCAUUAAAAAUGUUCAAAGCAAUUCUUUUUGCCUGUCUCUGUAUCGCUGUGCUUUCUGUCAAUGGGCACAGACAACAAAUGUCCAGACAACCUCAAGGACAUCAGAGACGUGGAAAUAGUUUAAAUCGACCACAGGACAAUGCUAAUCGUCAAAAUGGUCCAAAUCAAUCUCACAACAGAAUGAUUCGUCAACUUCCAUCAAUGCCUGGAAUGAAUCCAGCUGAAAUACCACAAUUAAUGGCCGAUGGAGUUCAAAAGGGAAUCGGUGUUAUGACUAACAUGAUGAAUCCUGGUAAAUGGAUGCAAGCAGCAUCUCAAAUGAUACCAAAAUCUGAUUCUAAUUAAAUGGAAAUUAUAUAUAUAUAUAUUCAUAGAUAUUUUCUAUACGAAAAUAUAUAUAUAUUAAUUCAGUAAAUUUAGAUGUUAAUAUAAAAAAAUAAUAAAAAAUAAAUUUACAUGUUAAUUUAAAAAAACAAUAAA